CACACACACACACACACACGCGCGCGCACACACACAGAGUGACAUUUCGCAUCCCGCACUUGCCUUACGCUCACCUUCAAGCAUCCAGCCCGAGCCCGCCAACCGACCGACCGACUGACCGUCCGCAGCAGGGGAGCCCAGCCGUGUCGUCGCCCCAAGAUGGAUGCACUCAUGAAGGGCUUCUCCAUGGCCAAGGAGGGGGUAGUGGCGGCCGCGGAGAAGACCAAAGCCGGCAUGGAGGAGGCUGCAGCCAAGACCAAGGAAGGCGUCAUGUAUGUCGGUAACAAGACAAAGGAAGGUGUUGUAUCGUCAGUAAACACCGUGGCCAACCGGACCGUGGACCAGGCCAACAUCGUGGCGGACACGGCCAUCAGCGGUGCCAACGAGGUGUCGCAGGCCGCCACGGAGGGCGUGGAGAACAUCGCCGCUUCCACCGGGCUCCUGAACCAGGAGGAGUCCGUAAACCAGGGAGAAUACGGAGGGAUGGAGCAAGGCGGCGAAGGGGGAGAGGGCUAUUAGUUCCUGUCAGGACCUGCUCUCCAGCAGCCCCUCGUUCCCCUUCGCCCUCUGGCUCGCUGAACAGGAGUCCGGGUGUUUGUUUCUAUUUCAUUCGAUUUCUUUUUUUGUUUUGUUUUUUUCUGUGUGUGACUUUUACCGGAGCCAAACCCAUCUUGGGUGGAACUCUUCCGGAUGCAGCAUCCCCUCGCCAUCCCAUGUGUCAAGUGUCGUCCCAACUACGCACCCGAACCCUGGAAAAAUAAACGAGAGACACACAUGCAUGAAACAACCACACACACCCACACAAAACUAAUUGGCAAUAAUAAGUACAAAGUGAAUUGACAAGAAAGGCUUUGAAAUGAGCAAUAAAGAAUACGUCUCCGUAACAAUACAGAGUGUCUUGACUACAUGCGUUUUUUUGUGUACUUACCUGGUUGCAUGGCAUCCUACAAUCAUCACGGGGACGAAGCUUUCAUGGUGGGCCGAGGCGUCUGCUCCGAUGGAAGU